AUGCCACCAGGGGUCUGUCUGCACCUCGGUGUUGACUGGCCGAGACGCAUUGUACCCCUGUCUCGGUGGUCUCGGUUGACAUCGCCGACCACUGAAGAAGAAUUGGAGAAGGCGCGGCCCAGAUUUGGAGACAUUCCGUCAGCUGGAGGGAAGGCUCCACUGGACCUUGAGGUUCGCCAUGAUCGGCGGAAUCCUCCGGCCGAAAAUCUCCACUUUAGCAGUGCCAGACGGCGACACUGCGGCCUCGACUCUCGCUCACCUGGACCACCACCACCGUCCAAUACUACUGGGCAAGGACUCCAUAGUCCAAUCCAAUCACGCUCACUGCAGAAUCAGCAGCAAGGCACAGUCACUCGCCUGCUGGAUCUCGAGACACGCAUUGCAGAUGCCCUGCGGAUGCCUCACUCAGUCACCCAGUCACCCAGUAGUAACAAUCACCACUGCCAAACGGCGACUACACGGCGACCACCAAUCGGCCCGGCGAAUGGCCCGCGACUGAUUUCUCCUUGUCGACUCCUCCCAACGUCUCCAUCAGUGUCCAUCGUGGGAUGCCCGAUUGUGAGGCUUGCCCAACAGCCCAAGGGCUCAAGGGGCAUCAACCAGCCAAACAAUUUCUUCCAGGGCGGAUUUCUGCUUCAUCUUAAGAACCAGAUGCCGUCCUCUUCUGUCCAUCCAUCGUACUGCGGACCGUUUUUGGUUCCCGGCUACGGGAGGCUGCAUCACACAGACGCCCCCACCCACCAUGGCAUCGCUUACACCCGACACGAUAUACUGCCACCACUCGCCAAGCUAUCCAAGUCAGCAAAACCUGCCUCCAGUCUGCCGACUCUUCCCUCCAGACCCAGCAAUUUCCGCAACUCUUUACCAUCAUCGAUCACGCGCAAAACCCCUACGCAGUGCAGCGGCCGACGUCCGAGCUUGACUGACAAGUCACUCUACCUCUGCCAUGUACCUCGACCUACUCUUGUAUGGGUACUUGGGGAGUGUCCGGACACGAGCCCCUCCUGGGAUACGACUGCGGUAGGGACACCGUUGUCGCACCCGCACCGCACCCGCACGCCGCAGGGCACACGCCCGCCGUCCACUCCUCCGUGGCCGCUACCAAGUUUCUUCGCUGCACAUCCCUCGGCCGUCACGGCCACGCCGCAGUGCCACGCCGAACAUUCCGCGCCGCCCCCUGCAACUCGCGUGCGAAAAAGUGGGAGGAAGCAAGUUGAGGUGGCACACGGGUUGAAUUGCUGCCAAUCCACAACCACUUCGCAACUCGGCUCCCCUACCCACGCAAACGGUCACGAUACAGUCAGUUUUCUUGCUGCGCUGCCAGAUGAUGCGAUGGGCCAGCUUUGGUCCGCCAACCUGUCCAAGUGCUGCGUAUCAGGUCAAUCCAUCACCAUGUCCUCGUUUGAUGACCUUGAUUUGCGUCUAGAUUUUGAAACUCGCAGGUUGCAGCUGCGCCCCUCGGCACGUUCGCAGCCAGAGGUGCAACUCGACAGCGACGUUUCCUGCACGUCCACUAGCUCUUGGCUGUUUCUACCCCGCGCUUCCAGACGAAGCACCAGCCAGACACAACCUUAUCUCACGACGGGCAACGUUCGCCGGGCCACUGAAAAAGGGCCAUCGAUCGGAGACAGCUGUAUUACGAGUCAGCUUCGCUCAGAGUUUGAAGCCAUCGGCCUCUCAUCGAUGAAAGCACGAUCUCCAAGUUACUAUACGCAACGGGAACAAUACGGGCCAUCGUCAGACACACUUACACGCAACGUCCGUUGCGCACUGCUCCGCCUCGCAUCGCAACCUUGCUACAGCUCUGCAAACGGGAAACUCAUGCCGGCGAUUGGACAUUCGAGCCAUCCAGACAAGACAGUCAUCCGAUUCAGGCGACAACAGACCACUCUCCUCAACUUUGCCAUCUUCAACGUAAGCUAA